GUAGGUAUACGUACAUACCUACCUACAGAAAUUUAUCAAGUGACUUGCAGUUAUUAUUUAAGUUUGACUUUGAUGUUUCUGUCAGUUAGUCAGUUGGCAUUUUUUGUUUAAAUAUUUGCUUAAAAUGGAAGAAAUUCCACAAAAUAUAAGAGAAAAGGCCAUAAAACCGACUGAAAAUCUUUUGCCAGUUAAAUCAAGGCAACAGUAUGAUCGGGAGUAUGGCAUAUUUGGUAUUUGGAAAGAUGCCAACGCAAUUGUUCAAAUAACCGAAACCGUUCUAAUGGCAUAUUUUCAGGAACUGUCGGAAAAAUACAGUCCGACCAAGUAUUCUACCCUAAGGUCUAUGUUAAUGGUCUAUAAAAAUAUAGACAUCUCGCAAUACCAUCAUCUCAUAUCUUUUUUAAAAGUUAAGUCGAAAGGAUAUGUCCCGAAGAAGUCUAAAGUUUUGGAAGGAGAACAAAUAACAAAAUUUAUUAAGAAGGCUCCUGAUGAUAUCUACUUGGUACACAAAGUCAUAUUGGUAAUGGGUGUUUUUGGAGGUUUAUGACGAGAUCAGUUGGUCAAAAUGACCAUUGAUGAUGUUGAAGAUAGAGGAACGGUCUUGGUUAUAAAGGUACCAGAAACUAAAACUUUAACUUCAAAAAGUUUUACUAUCAUUGAAGAAGAUUUAGGCGCUUUAAAUUUAAUAAAAAAGUACGCAGCCUUAGGACCAGCUGGAAUAAAGGAGCGAAGAUUCUUUCUUACCUAUAGAAAGAGUAGCUGUACAGUAUAACCUGUUGGAAAAAAUACCAUAGGAUGCGUCCCAACAUUAAUCGCAAAAUUUUUAAAACUGGAUAAUGCAAUGAUAAAGCAACAUGGGAAAUGGAAAAGCUCUUCAGUAGAUGAAGGAUAUAUAGAAGAAAGUAUUUCAUCCAAAAAUAAAGUAGCCAAAAUGAUUGCCAAUUCAGUUAAUUCCGAGGUUAAUUCCGUAUCGACUAUUGAAAAUUCUUUAAUGGACAAUUUACAAACUAUACAAAAUAGCGUUAGUGCUGCCACCUCUACCAUCACAAAAAACAUCGACCAUUCUAUAGUGGAAUCAGCUACAUUUUCCGGGAUAUUUCAAAAUUGUAAUUUUUAUUU